AUGAGGCGGCAUGUGUUCCUCCGCAUGCUAGACCAUGUCCAGGCAGCAAACCCCUACUUCAGACAGACACAUGAUUGUACCGGCCAAGCUAGUUUUUCACCACACCAAAAGCUAACAUGCGCACUCCGAAUGCUUGCCACUGCAUGCUCUGCGGAUUCACUUGACAAAUCUUUUAGGAUGCCUGAGUCGACAGCCAUCGAGAACCUUGGUCAAUUCUGUUGUACUAUUGUCACAAUCUACGGGAGUCACUACCUCCGUGCACCAAAAACAGAUGAUUUGGAUAGACUUCUCAAGAGAGCUGAAAAGCGAGAGUUUCCUGGGAUGCUAGGAUCAUUAGACUGUAUGCACUGGCAGUUGAAGAACUGUCCAACAGGAUGGCAAGGAAGCUUUAGUGGAAAAACAGGAAAGCCCACAAUUGUUCUUGAAGCUGUGGCAGAUUUUGAUACAUGGAUCUGA